CUGCCUGCCCUCUCCUCGGACUGGGAGGACAUAUUCCCCUUCCUGCCCUUUUUGGUUUGGGUGUUUUCUUUUCGUUUGGGACUUGGCAGCUUUGGAGGGAGGGGGGAUUUUCCUGGCAGGUGCAGAGUAAGGCAGAGAAGCAGAGGCAGCGGGUUCCCUGGAAGCUGCUCCUUGGGAUGCCAGGCGUGCCUGGCACCGCGCACCCCGCGCGUUCCACACCCAGCCCCGCUCCCCACCGCGCUCCCGGCUUUCGUCAGAGCCUUCCCGGAGCUGAGCUGAGCUCAGCUGAGCUGGGCUGGCCGGGAGGGACGGGUGGCGGCUCCGCGGAGCUCGGAGCAGCCCCGCGGGAGCGGCUCCGCUGCCCGGGCAGUGCCGGGGGACCCGCGAUGGGCUCCGGCCGCCGCUGCUCGCUCCUGCUGCUGCCGCUGCUGCUGCUGCUGCUGCUGCCCGCGGCGUGGGGGGACUGCGGGCCGCUGCCAAAUAUCAGCCACGCCGAGCCGCGGGGGGACACCAAACACCAGCAGAGCUUCAGUGUGGGCUCCACAGUGACCUUCGGCUGCGUCCCGGGUUACACCAAGCUCCCUUUUCUCUCCGACACCAUCCGCUGCCUGCCGAACUCCCGCUGGUCCAGCCUGCCCGAGUUCUGCGGCCGCAGCUGUCCCAGACCCAGAUCUGUGUCAUUUGCUGCGAUAUCACCAGAAGACAAAAUGCAGAAUUUUUACGCCGUUAACACCACGGUGAGGUACAUUUGUCGCCAAGGUUUUGAAAACACCACAGCCCAGCCCCCCACCAGCACCUGUUUGGACAACUUAACGUGGACAGAAGUUCCUAAACUGUGUCAGAAGAAAUCCUGUGGUGUUCCAGCCAAUCCAGAACACGGCCAAGUUAUCCUAAAAGAACACCAGCUGGGUGCAACAGCCAGAGUGGUUUGUGACCGUGGGUACAGAUUAAAGGGAGCAUCACCUUCCAUCAGUUGCCUCCUACAGGGAGACAAAGCUGUCUGGAGUCCUCUUCCAGCUUGCCAGGUGAUUUCCUGUCCCCCUCCUCCAGCCAUCCCCCGCGGGCAGCACAGCGGGAACAGCUCGGGGGACUUCGUGCUGGGCUCUGUCACAACCUACACGUGCGAGCCGGGGCUGGAGCUGGUGGGAGAGGACACGCUGCGCUGCACCGGGGACACGGGGGACAGCGGCGACAGCGGCACCUGGAGCGGGACCCCGCCCGCCUGCCGCGUUAAAACCACAGCAGAGACAAACCAAACCAAACCCUCAGAAGAGAAUCCUUACUGGCUGGCAAGCAUCCUCAUUCCCAGUUGCAUUGUUCCUCCAGUAGCCCUUGGAAUUCUAGCUGGGAUCAUCAUGAGACGGAAAGAGAAUGAAAAGCACUCUUAUAAUGUGAAUUUACAAAAGCAGGAGAUGAAGGGAAGGGAUGCAGCGAUGCAUCCAGAGGUUACAGAUGAGAAGAAGCACCCCAAGCCCUGGAAUUCCUAUUUUUGCCACACAGGGAACUGCCACGUGUGUCCCAGCUGUGAGGAGCAGCUCCACAGUGACCUGGCCCCUCUCUCAGAGCCCCCACACCGCGGCUGUGCCACCUGCCAGGACUGGCUGAGCUCCCAAAAACCCCGCAGCUACUCCGUCCCCAGCAUCGGUGCUGGGGACAGCCAGAGCCCAGCAGGGACCAGCUCUCCUGCCAAAGCUGUGGAUGUGCUGAGGGCAGAUGGCACAGGAGAAGCUGCUCCGUGGUGGAGUGAGGCAGAGCAGCCCAUGGACCACCAAAGUGACCACAUCUGUCCCGUCUGUGAGAGCUGGCUCCGUGCCCACGCUGGUGACAGCAGUGCUGUGACACCGGGGGAGUGGCGGGACAAGGGCCCCCAGGGCCCCGUCUGCCCCCCCUGCACGGACAGACAGCUCCUGUCCCUUGUCCAGGGGGACACAGCCAGCAGCCCCGUGUGUCCCCUGGCCGGCGAGGGGACCCCAGCCCACCUGGUCCCUCUGCACAGCCCCGGCUGCCACCUCUGCCCCGUGUGCUCGGUGCCCACCCACGCUCACCUGUGCCAGCCCCAGCGCCUGGCACCUGAUGGGAUGGUGCCCACCUUCACCCUCUGCCUGCUGGGCAGCUGCGCUCUGCUCCUCAGCACCACGCCCGGGGCUCAAGCUGCCCGGUGCCCGUUCCCCCGGGUGCUGUACGGGAGGGUGUCCCCUCGGCGCUCUUCCUACUGGACACGGGACACCGUGAGUGUCACCUGCAACCCCGGCUACGCCCUGCAGGGCCCCGGCAGCAGCACCUGCAAGGCCACCUCCAGGUGGGACCCCCCUCUGCCACAGUGCAAAAAGGAGGUGACAUGUCCUCGGCCACCGAGCAUCGCCAAUGGGCUGCACAGCGGCCACUCCAGGGACAGCUUCUCCCGGGGGGUGACCGUGUCCUACAGCUGCAGGGAGGGCUUUGAGCUGCUCGGCAAUGCGUCCAUCACCUGCACGAGCAUAGCAGGAUUCACCAUGGGAAUGUCUGUCAAGUACAGCUGCAAUCCUGGCUAUUACCUGGUUGGAAAUGCCGCUGUGUCCUGCAGAGCAUCGGGGAACUGGAGCCAGCCCCGCCCUCGCUGCCAAGAGGUGACAUGUCCUCGGCCACCGAGCAUCGCCAAUGGGCUGCACAGCGGCCACUCCAGGGACAGCUUCUCCCGGGGGGUGACCGUGUCCUACAGCUGCAGGGAGGGCUUUGAGCUGCUCGGCAAUGCGUCCAUCACCUGCACGGACUCCGGCCUCUGGAGCCGGCCCCUGCCCCGCUGUGAAGCGAUCGGCUGUCAGGUACCCGAGGUGCAGAAUGGGAAGGUCCACAACGUGCAGAGCACCUACAGAGCUGGAGACACUCUGCGCUUUGGCUGUGAUUCUGGUUACACCACAGAGGGCUCUGAUGAGGCUCGGUGCCAGCCCGGGGGUGUCUGGGACCCGCCACUCCUUGUGUGCCAGAGGGUCCGGCCGUGCCCGAUGCCUCCGGAGGUCGCCAAUGGCAAUCACAACGGGCGGAGCAUAGCAGGAUUCACCAUGGGAAUGUCUGUCAAGUACAGCUGCAAUCCUGGCUAUUACCUGGUUGGAAAUGCCGCUGUGUCCUGCAGAGCAUCGGGGAACUGGAGCCAGCCCCGCCCUCGCUGCCAAGGGACUGUCUGCAUCAAUCCAAUCGUAGCCAAUGGAAGGCAAGUUGGUGGCCACGGGCUUCUCUCUGCCCCCGGGCAAACGGUGACAUUUCGGUGCCACGAUGGUUACAGCCUGCAGGGCAGUGCCAGCGUGUCUUGCCAGGAGGAUGGCAGCUGGCAGCCCCCUGCUCCUGUGUGUGACAGAGCACUGCCUCACCACAACUCCUUCACCAGGUCUCCAGGUGCUUGUGGUGCUCCCACAAGGUUACAGUUUGCUGAGCUAAAUGAGGAGCAUAGAAAUGCCUUUGAUUUUCCUGUUGGGAAGACUGUGCAAUACACUUGCCUCCCUGGAUAUGCUAAAGUGCCAGGAAUGUCACCUACUAUGACAUGCCUUGAGAGUGGAGUGUGGUCAGAAGCACUAGAGUUCUGGAAACAGUGCAGUCACCCAGGUGAGCCUGUGAAUGGCAAGAUUAUUUCCCUGACAAAUCUCCAGCUUGGGUCUACAGUGGUUUACAGCUGUGAGGAAGGAAGUGCCAGGGUGGGUGGGAUCCUCUUCCCAGGAUCUCACCUGGGAGGCAUCCCCUGCGAGCCACCCCCGGACAUCCCCAACGGGCAGCACUCGGGCGAGCUGCUGAGCGAGUUCCACUACGGCACGGCCGUCACCUACACCUGCAACCGCGGCUUCCCCCUGCACGGGCAGCCCUCCAUCCACUGCACCACCCGCGACGGCCGCAACGGCGUCUGGAGCGAGCCCCUGCCCGCCUGCGGAGAGGCGAAUUGUCCUGUCCCACAGAUCCAGCACGGGAGGAUCGUGGCUGCCAGGUCUGCCUACGCACACAGGGACACCGUGACCUUGGAAUGUGACCCAGGCUAUGCCAUUCGUGGCCACAGAGAGAUCCAGUGCCAGCCAAACAACACCUGGGAGCCGCCUGUGCCCGUCUGCGAGCAGGCUGGCUGCAGAGCCCCUGCCAGGCUGGGCUUUGCCGAGCUGAAGGAGCCCUACAGGGACCAGACGGUGUUUCCCGAGGGGAGCAGGGUGGAAUUCGUGUGCCAGCCUGGCUACAGCCAGCUCCCGGGGGUGUCAGCAGCCAUCACCUGCCUCAGGAACCAGACGUGGUCUGCAGCGCUGGAGUUCUGUCAAAGUGUCACCUGCGCUGCCCCUCCGGCCAUCCCCCAGGGGACACACAGCGGGGGCUCCAGGGACACCUUCUCCCUGGGGGACGUGGUCACCUACAGCUGUGCCUCGGGGCUGGCCCCAGCUGGAGACGCCUCCCUGACCUGCACCUCUGCGGACGGGGAGCGCGGCACGUGGAGCGGGGCAGUGCCACGGUGCCAAGAGGUGAGGUGCCCUGUCCCCCCGAGCAUUGCCAACGGGCAGCACGGUGCCAGCCCCGGGGCCUGGCACAGCCCGGGCUCCGUGGUGCUCUACACCUGCGCCGAGGGCUACUCCCUGCUGGGCAACGCCUCCAUCCGCUGCACGGCCAGGGGAACCUGGAGCCGGCCCCAGCCCCGCUGCCGAGCAACUGGCUGCACCAAGCCGGAGAUUGAGAAUGGAAAAGUGACUGGCUCAGAGACCACCUACAGCCUGGAGGACAUCAUUGUCUUCGAGUGCAACUUUGGUUAUGCCUUGAAGGGCUCUCAAGAGUCCCAGUGCCAGUUUGGGGGCAAGUGGCACCCUCCUGUCCCCAGCUGUGAGAAGCUGCCACCGUGUCCUUCCCCUCCGAUUAUCAGAAAUGGCCAGCACGACAGCAAGGGGGUGACAGAGUUCAUCCCUGGCAUGGCAGUGAAGUACCGCUGUGACCCGGGCUACGUCCUCACCGGGAAAACCACGAUUUCCUGUUUGCCAUCGGGAGUCUGGAGCAUCCCUUACCCCCGGUGUGAAGUGAUCACCUGCAGCAGCCCCAGCAUCAAGGACGGAGAGGUGGCCGAGGGCCGGAGGGCUGUGUACCACCCUGGGGACAAUGUCACCUUCCAGUGCCACCCAGGCUUCGUGCUGAGGGGCAGCCGUGGGGCCAAGUGCCAGCCCGACAGCCACUGGGUGCCUGCUGUGCCCACCUGCCAGCCAGUGAGGCUGUGCCCUCCACCCCCCGUCAUCGCCCACGCCACGCUCAGCGCCCAGCCGGGGAUGAACUUCACCAGUGGCACCUCCGUGAGCUACAGCUGCCAGCCCGGCUUCUCCCUGCUCGGGGAUCCCUCCGUGCUGUGCACAGCCUGGGGCAACUGGAGCCUUCCCUACCCACGCUGUGCAGCCGGUUGUGGCACACCAACACCGUUGCUAUUUGCUGAGCUAAGUGAGCAAUAUGAAAAUCAGACUGAGUUUCCUGUCGGGAUGUCUGUGAACUACACUUGUCGGCCUGGAUACGUGGAACAGCCACAGAUAUCACCAACUAUCACAUGUCUUGAAAAUCUAACAUGGUCUGAAGCCCAGGAGUUUUGCAAAAUGCUGCAAUGCCCUUCACCUCCAAAUAUUGACAAAGGAAGCCACGACAGCCAGGACUUGGAGGUUUUUCCCACUGGGAUGGUUGUGAACUACAGCUGUGACCCUGGCUACAGCCUCCGGGGAGAGGCAUCCAUCUACUGCACCGACUCUGGCAACUGGAGCCUCCCUCUCCCUCAGUGUGCAGGUGGCUGUGGUGCACCUCCAAACCUCACCUUUGCUGAGCUAACCAGGGAAUACAAAAAUCAGCAGGAAUUUGCUGUUGGGGACACUGUGAGCUACAGCUGCCGGCCGGGACACUCGAGACGCCUUGGAGUGCCCCAAACUCUGACUUGCCUCCAAAACCACACGUGGUCUGAAGCCCUAGAGUUCUGUAAAAGGAAGCAGUGUAGACACCCAGAACCCCCCAGGAAUGGCAGAGUUGUUGUUCUGACAGAUCUCCUUUUUGGGUCAACCGUGAGCCACACGUGUGAUGAAGGGUACAGACUGGUUGGACAGUCCCACAGGAGAUGUGAGAUUUUGGGACGACAUGUUGGCUGGACUGGUCUGCCUCCCAUCUGUCAGAGGGUGGUGUGCCCAGCCCCACAGAUCCACAGUGGGAGGGUGGCUGUCCCCAAGCCCCGCUACACCUACGGGGACUCUGUCACCUUCAAGUGCCGCAGAGGCUUCACCCUGCGAGGCCACCCCACGUCCCAGUGCCGAGGUGACAGGAGGUGGCACCCACCUCUACCUGUCUGUGAGCAGGAUGGAGUGUCAGAACGUUAUCACCACCCUGACACCACAACAAAGCCAGCGCUGCACUGCUCCAAGCCUGCAGAUAUCACCCACGGGUCUUUCCGUGGCCCAGCAAAAGCAGUUUUUACUGUGGGAACAUCUGUAAACUACAUCUGUGAGCCUGGCUUCUCCCUCCUGGGGACAGCAUCCAUUUAUUGCACAGCAUCUGGAGCCUGGAGCCAUCCCCCUCCCGUCUGUCAAGCUGUGAAUUGUCAGCAGCCUCCAAACAUCACCAACGGGAGGCUGAAAGGCAACAGCUCUGCCACCUUUCCCCCCGGAGCCGCUGUAUCCUACAGCUGCGAUCCCGGCUACUCACUGGUUGGGAAUGCUUUCAUCAACUGCACGGGGUCGGGAUCCUGGAGCCAGCCCCUCCCGCAGUGCAAAGAGAUCAGAUGUGAAUUCCCGGAUGUCCAAGGUGUUAAAAAAGCCAUUAAAGGAAAUACUUAUCGCUCUGGCACUAACAUCACUCUUGAAUGUGACGAAGGUUACAUGCUGGAAGGCGUCAGUCACACCCAGUGCCAAGAGGAUUUCAGCUGGGACCCUCCCGUGCCCGCCUGUAAACUGACAUCCCCCAAGCCCGGGUCAGUAGGCCUAGGAGUGGCAGCUGCAGCAGUUCUGCUGCUCCUGGGGGCAGGUGUUGUCUGGAAAAUAAUUUCCAAGCAGAAGGAAGGCUAUUAUCAUACGUAUGAAAACUAUAAUUACAGAACCCCCCUGAACCCAGACACAGAACACAAAGGCUCGUGCGCGUGUCCCAGGCCGGAGCGGCUGCAGUACGCAGAGCUCGACGAGAGCUCCAGGGAAAUCCAGGAUUUUCCACCUGGGACCAAAAUCUCCUUCACCUGCCGGCCGGGAUACGUGAGGCUCCCAGGGAAGGCAUUGACCUGGACAUGUGGUGAGGACUUGGAGUGGUCACCCAAGGGCGUGUUCUGUACAGCGAGAAAAUGUAUUUACCCAGGAGACUUGGAAAAUGGUUAUUUUGAUCCAACAGAUCUUACCUUUGGUUCAAAACUGACAUUUCAUUGUAAAGAAGGGUACAGAUUACGGGGUAAGGGAGAGAUUUCCUGUGAUAUCAAGAAUGGAGAUGUUGGCUGGAGUGGAGUUCUGCCUUACUGUGAAAGAAUUCCUUGUGAGCCACCUCCCAAAAUAGCCAACGGGGACUACGAGGAAAGAGCCAGCUACGUGUACCAGAGCUCGGUGACCUACAGGUGUCAGGAUGUCCCCAAGGGCAGUGAUCCCUUCUCCCUCAUUGGCUCAGACACGAUUCACUGCACAUCUGAUGAACACUCAAAUGGAGUUUGGAGUGGGCCACCUCCAGAAUGUCGAGUGGUCAAAUGUGAAGACCCCAGAGUUGAAAAUGGGAGAAAAAAAUCUGGAUUUGGACUUACCUACAGAUACAAGGACUCAGUUGUGUUUGAGUGUAAUCAAGGCUAUUUCUUGGUUGGAGCAGAGGUAAUUACCUGUGAAGAAAAUAACACCUGGGAUCCUCCAAAACCAACCUGUGAGAAAAUUACUGCAGAUGUGUGUCCUGCCCCGGAGAUCCCCAAUGGGGUCCUGAUUCCAGGCAAGCCUGCCUAUGCAAAAGGAGAGUCUGUGCAGAUCAGGUGCAAUGCUGGCUGCUCCUUCCCUGGUGGCUCUGCAGAGAUGACAGUGACCUGUCAAGAACAGAGUUCCUGGGGUGCUUUGCAGCACUGUACCUGUGAGCCUGAAGGUUCUGGUUCCACGCCAGUCAUAAGUUAUGGGAGAGUGAUAGCUGGACAAAAACCUUCCUACUUUGUGGGGGAUUUCAUUACCAUUGAAUGUUACACGGGGUACACCUUGCACGGGGAGGCUCGGAUUCAGUACAUUGGAAACAACCACUGGGAGCCUGCAGUGCCAACCUGCCAGCUCAGUGGAUACAUUAUAGCCAUCAUCUGUGUGAUUGUGGUAGUUGUGGUGCUCCUGGCAGCCUUCUGGAUCUACAAGAAAUUCUUCUCACAGAAUGGCUCGUACACAGUUGAUGAGAGUUGCAAGGAAAUUUGUAUUUUAAAAACUAAUGUCCCAGCUGAGAUGGAAGAAACUGCACAAAUGAAUUAAUGAAAAGGAAACGUGACAGCACUCCCAGUUCUGCCGAAUAUAAGAUGUGUAAAGCAUGACUGCCCUUUCUGGGGGGAGGGAGGGACCCUGCAGUGGGAUGUCCCUGUCAGAGCUGGACAAGGAUUGAUUGCCCUUGCAGUGAGUGGCUGUCCUUGAGUUCCUUGUGCUGUGUCUUGCUCUGCUGAUGAACUGGAGGAGGAGAUGCUUGAUAGGAUAAGAAGUGUGUGUGCAUAUAGCUGACACAGAUCCUGCUUUGCCUUCUGGGCCCCUCAUUGUCCUUCUGUCAGCUGGGGGAAAGGCAGUACCUGCAGCAUGCCAGAGUCUGUGGGAGUGCUGCAAUGUCCCUGUCCCAGUGCUGCUGCCUUCAGUGCCACCUCUUGGCUUACACAAGAUGUCCAAUAUUCCCCUCUCUGCUGUAGAGCUCUGCUCACUCAAACCUGGCUGUCCUUCCCAUCCCUUUUUGCUAGAGGUGGUGUAAAUGGUUCUGUUGUUUCCUUUGUGCUCUGAAAUGUGUUGUUGCUCAUUCCCUGAAGAGUCUGGUGCCGUUGAAGGUGAUAUCUUUUGGAAACUAUCACAAUUAAGAUCUUAUAUACUCUACCUCUUUGUCUGCCAAAGUUGGUUGCUGUAUAUAUAAUGAAUUAAAAUGUGCCUUGAAAUCAGAAUUUUAUAGCUUUUCCUUUGCUUUUGAGAAGGAAAAGAGCCAUAUAUAUUUCUGAUUUUUUGCUGUAAUCUCCCAAAGACUGCAGUGGAUUUGUUGGACCUGAAAGCUGAAGGAUUCUGUAGCAAAGGCAUCCCCUGCUGUUGACAGGAGAUCCCUAAUUAAAGGAACUGCUGAGAGCUCAGUGGUGGCCAUGUCCUGUCAUGAGCACAGUGGAAAUUCCUUAGGGUGCUCGAUUUUAGUGAGCCUUGAGGUCAGUUCUGGAGAUCUUCUGUUGCUUUCAAGGGUAGAAACAGGUGCUGUGUGAUCCACCUACCUUGCUUUUCUACUUGAAGUCACAUAUUCCACAUUUCUAACCUCUGGCUGCAGACUGGGAUGUUAAAUCAAGCUCUGAAAAGCUUGAUUUAGCAUCAGGUUCCUGUUUAGAAGCAGAAGAUUUUCCCUGUCACUCACUUUUCAUGUUAAAGGAAAACCAAAUCAGUUCAGUUGUGUGAGUGCUGGUAGAUGUGGUGGUCUCUUGUUUGCUGCUUGGUGCUGGUUCAGCAAAUGUUUCAGUCCAGAUCCUGGCUCCGGGAGCUCCCACCACUGUGUUUGCCAUUAGUUUAGAAUCACUGCUGCUUCUAAUCCUCAGCAAACCCCAAAUCUUAACUAGAACAGGUUUUAGCUCCAUGAAUCUCACUAUCAGCAUGCAGGCAGCUUCUAAUUUUCACAGAAAACCCAAAUAGCCUCACUUCAGAUGCCUGAGGCAGCAUUGAAAGUGCUCUGGCUUGUGUGUGGCUGCUUGGCACUGCUCUCCCUGUCAUCAACAGAUUGUUGGAGUGGCACAGAACUGUUUGGGGCUUUAUAGGGUUUUUUGGGACAGUCCCAGCAGUCGUAUUGUUGGAGUUCAUAAUAGGCUGUGGUUGUUAGAAAGGGGCUUUGGCUCUGCAGAAGGAUUUGCUGUUGGUGGCCUGGCUGAUAGCUCAGUUUGAGAGUUGUUUGUAAACACUGGGAUGUGUGACUGGGACUGAGUGUGGGGCUGGUCAGGAGCUCAGCUUGCUUUGUGUGGCAUCUGCAAUGUCUGAAAUACACUGGAAUGUUCUUAACUGGGAAGUGAAAUCGCUGUAAAAAGUGGCUGUGUUUUUGCUCUUCUUUCUGGAUGUAAAGAUUAGCAAUGAUUUGUACUAUUCCAAAUAAAAAUGUUAAAUUAUUUAGCA